AUGUGCGGGAUCCAGCCCGAUGAGAACCUUGCGAGGUUGCAGAGAAGUCUCAUAGGAAAUGCUCGUGAAAAGGUACUUAGCAUUCUUACAGUACCAUCUGCGGUUCCCGAAAUAAUGGCCACUCUUCGUGCGGAAUGUGGAAGACCGGAUCAGCUGAUUAACAGCCUUAUAAGCAGAAUCCGGAAUACAAGUCCUCCCAGCAUCAAUAAGUUCGAUUCCCUAGUGACGUUUGGACGUGAGGUAAGAAACCUCAUUACUUACAUCGAAGCGGCUAACCUGGAAUCACACCUCAACAACCCGUCGCUUGUUACCGAACUUGCUGCGAAAUUGCCAUCGGACCUUCUCCUGCAGUGGGGAAUGCAUAUUCAAUUGACCCAGCAAGCAACACUCAAAGAAUUCUGCAACUUCGUUUCCGCUAUUAGAGCCGCGGCGUGUAAUGUGUCGGUCCCCUCAAAGCAAUCUGUUGAUGGGAGUAUCAAAAAGGACAAGCGCAAGGACAAAGGCACCUUUGUGAACGUGCACCAAGAAGCUGAUCGAGUAUGCGAGAAAGUUUCCACCAAGUCUAAUACCAACAAUACGGUUGCCAAGCCGUGUCUCGGAUGUAGUAGCAGGGCACACAAGAUCCGGGAUUGCCAAAAGUUUCGUAGUCUUACAGUGAUGGAACGAUUGAAGCUGGUAGAAGAAAAGGGGAUGUGUCGUCGGUGUCUGGCGCCCCAUGGCAAAUGGCCCUGUCGCACUAAACAACCCUGUGGCCUUGAAGGUUGCUCAGAAGCGCAUCACAAACUCCUACACCUUACCAAGGGUGUCCAGUAG